UAGUAGCUUCUGUGUUAAAGACAUGUUCACUGAAAUGAAUCACAAAUCAAAAAAAGAAUUGAAUUAACUUGUGAAUCUGAAUCCAAUCAGGAAUUAUUUGAUAUCCAGCCAUAUAGUUCAGAGCAGCAGGAAACUCUAUCAGCUUCAGCUCAGUGUAGCUGUGGUACAUAGGUUUUGUGUACUAAAAUUGCUCUCGCUGUCAUCUUAAAAGAACUUUUUUUCCUGGCAUGCAUAUCCGUCCUUCUCGUCUUUGUUGUGGAGAGUGUGAAGGAUGUUCUGCAUGCUUCCUGUGGUGUAACUGUCCCUGAACCUCACACCCUCAACGUGCCUCAUACACUGCAAUCGCUUAAAGCCAAAGAGGCCACAGAUGAGAUGGAGCUCUCUAUUUUGAAGACUUGUCAGUGUGUCAGUGAUCUCAGGCAAGAGCUUCAUAAGGUAGCAGUAGGGAGGGCCACGGAGCUGCUGAAGCUGCAUUCAGAUCAUCUGGUGCUGCAGGCCCUGAAAGCCUCUGGUGGGGACGGAAACCUUGAGGCCGUGGCUGACUACGCCAGCACACUGACUGAACACAACGAACAGCUGGUGGAGACUUGUCGUUUGCUCUGCCACGUCUCGGGGACAGAGCCGCUGGAGAUCACCUGCAUUCAUGCUGAGGAAACCUUUCGUGUCAUUGGUCCACAGAUCAUCUCAGCGGCACAGACUCUUGCUCUGCACCCCACCAGCAAGAUAGCCAAAGAGAACCUGGAUGUAUUUUGUGAGGCCUGGGAGUCCCAGCUCUGCGACAUGGCGAUCCUAUUGAAGGAGAUUAAUGAUGUGUUUGAGGGCCGCAGAGGUGAUAAGAAAACAUAUCUGUCUUUACCAAGGCCAGGGAAACACUCUGCUAACCUGAAGACAGUCAAGGCUGCCAAACUUGAUGCUGAGGAGCAAACCACCAUCGCUAAGCUGGGCCUGGAGCUGUGUCUCCUCACCUCAGACGUGGACUCGGAGGUGGAGCGCUGGGAUGAGCAGGACCACGAGAUGGUGCGACUCUGUCAGAUCAUAUCCAGCAUGGCUUACUCCAUGUACCUCUUCACCAGGGGUGAAGGCCUGUUAAAGACAACUUCGGAUUUAUUCCACCAAGCUGAGGUGUUGUCAGACCAGGGUCUCCAGCUAUGCCCAGUCCUCCAGUCUCUCUCCACACAGCUGCUGGAUGAAGACCGAAUGCUUAUUAUAUCUGAAACAGAGAAGCUGUCAAGUGCAUGUCAACAACUACAGGCCUGUGCAAAGACUCCCGUUCAGGGCAAGAGCGCCAUCUUCCAGAAGGUGGACUCAUCCAUACAGAAUACCAAAGGCAUCUUGAUAUUGGUGGUCUACUUACUGCCCAUCUGUAAUAAACUCAUCAGAAAGUGUAAGUCAGAGCGCAGCUGCCUGGCUUCACCCCAGCACUGGAGGGAGAAACAGUUGAGCGCGCCCGUCAGCGAGGAAACUCUCAACGGCAAAGGCUCCAACGGAUUUGGGGUCAAAUCCCUGGAGCAGCACAUGGCCAAUCUCACAUUCCUGGAGAGCAAAUAACUCCCAAAACCAAAGGCGCUCCUGUCUGUUCUUGUACACAAAGUGCAUGGCGGUGCACUCGCUCACAACGUGCCAUUCUUUGUGCUUCUGCCCAUUCGCUUUGUGGUGUACGGUAGCGUUAGCAUUGCCAGCCUCAUUCCAAAUACCAAAAAAAGAGAUAUAUCGAAGAAAAAGCAAAACAAAACUUUAUUGCAUGUGUUCAAGUCAUUAUUUCGAGUUUAAUGGCUGGUAAAUAAGCUACGGUUUUAACCGAAACAAUAUUCAACAAUGUUUUUCGUGAUUAGCCAACGUUGAGGUGUACAUGAUAAGUUUUAAUGCAAAAAAACAAAACACUCUGCACACUGUAUUUAACAUAACUGCCUCAUGUACAAGUUGAUGCCAAAUAUGUCCAGUUUUAAUCAUCUUCCUACACUGAUCUCAAUACAAGGGCAGUCGCUUAAGACUGUAAGACACAAAUCCGGUAUUUUUUGGAUACUAUGAUGAGAAAAUAGGCAUCUUGAUGUUCCGUUUGAGAGUUUACAGGAAGAUAUGUUGUUUUCUAAAAAGGAAUUUCUGAAGGAUGUUCAUGAAAAAGGCGGUUUCUUUUAAAGGACACUCCUUUUUAAAAAAGACUCAUUUUAAGUCCCCUAGAGUUAAUCAGUUGAGUUUUAUCAUUUUUGAAUCCAUUCAACUGGAGAAAUUUUAGCUUAGCUUAGCAUAAAUCAUUGAAUUGGAUUAGACCGUUAGCAUCUUGCUCAAAGAUGUCAAGAAAGCGUUUUAAUAAUUUUUCUAUUUAAAGCUUGACUCUUCUGGAUCUUGCAUAAAACCAAUGAAAGAUGAAAAGUUGCCACUUUCUCGUAUUUCUAGAUACGGAAAGUUCUAGAAAGUUGCUUAUUUCUAUUCUGAUACGGCUAGUAAUAUUACUCUCAUUAUGAUGUCAUAAUCAAGACACUUUUCUGUUGGUCUUAUUAAAUGACUUAACUACAUUAGCUUCAAGCUUUAAAUAAAAUAGAUAAAAUUAGAUUUUUAUCUUAUUUAGAUUUUAUUAGAUUUAGAAUUAGAUUUUUAUUCUUAAAUUUAAUUAGAUAAAAUUAUCUAAACUUUUUUUUUUUACAUAUUUGAGCAAGACGCUAAUGGUCUAAUCUGAUUAAAUUUUUUAUGCUAAGCUAAAAGAAGUCACCUAGAGUUAAACUGUUGAGUUUUACCAUUUUUUAAUCCAUUCAACCGAUCUUCAGGUUUAGUGGGAGCACUUUUAGCUUAGCUUAGCCGGAACUAUACUCUCAUUAUGAUGUCAUAAUCAAAAAACUUUUUCGAUGGUCUCCGUACAUAAAAUUAUUAAAACUUUUUUGACAUAUUUGAGCAAGAUGCUAAUGGUAUAAUCCAAUUCAAUUAUUUAUGCUAAGGUAAAAGAAGUAACCUAGAGUUAAACCAUUGAGUUUUACCAUUUUUUUUAUCCAUUCAGCUGAUCUUCAGGUCUGGCGGGAGCACUUAGCUUAGCAUAAAACAUUCAAUCAGAUUAGACCGCUAGCAUCUUGGUUAAAAACGUCAAGAAAGAGUUUUGAUAAUUUUUCUAUUUAAAGUUAGACUCUUCUGUAUCUUGUGCUAAGACCAAUGGAAGAUGAAAAAUUGCCACUUUCUAGUCCGAUACGGCUAGGAUUUCAGGUCUGGCAGAAACACGUUUAGCUUAGCUUAGCAUAAAUUAUUGAAUCGGAUUAGACCAUUAGCAUCUUGCUCAAAAAUGUCAGGAAAGAGUUUUGGUCAUUUUUCUAUUUAAAGCUUUAUUCUAAUGUAAUUACAUCAUGUACGAAGACCAAUGGAAAAUGAAAAGUUCCUGAUUUCUAUUCCGAUAUGGCUAGGAACUAUACUCCCAUUAUGAUGUCAUAAUCAAGAAAGUUUUUUGUACAUAAAGUAACUACAUUAGAAUCAAGCUUAUUUAUGGAAAAAUUUGAGCAUGAUGCUAAUGGUCUAAUCCGAUUCAAUUAUUUAUGCUAAGCUAAAAGUACCCCAGCUAGACCAGAGAUUGGCUUAAUGGAUUAAAAAGUGGUAAACCCAACUGUUUUCCUCUAGGAGACUAAUAAAAUUGGCCUACUCCCCAAAAAAGUAGAGUGUUCCGUUAAAGAGAGAGUUUACCUAAUAAUUUAUUCACACUCAUGUUGUUCCAGGUCUGUAUUUAUUCUGACAAACACAAAAGACGAUAUUUUAAAAACUUUUUUUUUUUUCUCCACACCAUAAGAGUCAAUGCUGAAGACCAUACAGGUUUGAAACAAUGCGAAGUGUCAUUUUUGGGAAACUUUCUAAAUAAGUGUAUUGUCAUAGGAGCGACAGCCUUGUAAUAGUAUUGACUGCCUUGUAGGUCACUGUGAUUUGUAUUUUUACUUCUGUCCUAACAAUGUAAGACUUUGGUACAUUAACCUAAAAGGUUAGAGUGAAGACGGUAUGUACAGUCAAUCAAUAGUUUAGGCUGUAGUGCAUCGAAGAGCAACAUUUUAGUAGGACGCAGAUAAAAAGGCUCUUCAGCAAUGGGUUUCCAUUCACACAUUAAUUCUAGUUGAUCCUGUUUCUCUGAUUAAUAAACCAUAAGCUUUAGAGAUGAUUGUGCAGCUAUGACUUCCCAUUGUAUUAGUGUUGGACCAUUUGAAUGAUUGUUAAAUCAGAAAACAAAGUCUAAAUAUACGUUAUUUUUCUUAAAAUAUUA